UUUAUUUAUUAUUAUUAUUUAAGUAACAUUAUUUUGGACAUUCGGGGGGAUUCUUUCUGAAACUAUUUACUUUAUCAAAUAACAAGCUAAGCUUUUACUAAGAAGGGAAGACUUUUUGCGAUAACUCAAAAACAGUUUUCAUUGAAAGUAUGUAUUAAGCUUUACUUUUAUGUUUUUUUUUUAAUAUUUUUUGGACCCAUGGUUCAAAAGUUAAAGGGGGGGGAACCUUUUUUUUCUUCGGAGCGAUUAUUUCUGAAAAUAAUCAUUUUAUCAAAAACUGAUCGUUGAAGAUCCGUAUUCAUUUUGCUAUUUCAAGCUAACCUAUCCAACGAUAUCCAUAUUAUUGAGAAAAAGCGAAAAAAAACUCCAUUUUGUUUGGGAGGUACACUUUUUUUUACAUUUUAUUUGACGUCGUUUUUGGAUUGAUUGAUUUAUAUAUCAAUGCCAAAUUUCAGCUUUCUAGCACUAACGAUCACGGAGCAAAGCCUCGGACAGUCAGACAGACGGACAUGGCGAAAAUAUAAGGGUUCCUAGUUGACUACGGAACUCUAAAAGGUUGUCUUUUCUAUUUAAAGCUGACAGUUUUGAUAGAUACAGCAUACUUAUUUAGUCAGCUAUAAAACUGAUCCCCUUACAAACGGCUGUAAAACAAUAUGACUUCCUUGGUCAUGUGUGCAGUUGUGCAUAUUCUACUUAAUUAAAUAAGUUUCAGUUUUAUGAAGAAAAAAAAACUUGGAUAUAUGGAGGUGUAAAUAUAAAGAUUUGCUACUGCGGAAAUCCCUCUAAUGCAUUUCAUCGCUCAACGCACUACUUCGAAGGGCUGUGGGUGCCUGCAGGAUACGUGCGCGCGCCGCGCGGUGCGCACCCUGCGCCGGUCGAUACCACCCCGAGCGCGCGACGCGCGCACCCCGCGCUCUAUACCCAACAAUCAGGUGCAAAAGCGACAUGGCCGACAGCGAGUUUGAAGAAUUUCGGAGAGUUUUCGACAGAAUACCACAACAUACAAAGGCUCCAACGCCGUUUUACUCUUUAGUGCCAAAUGUGGGUUUGGAAGACGAAUCCCCGUCAUCGAAAAGUGAUGGCACGCCGGAGGACGACCGAGGCUGCGUAGCCGACAAUGACUCGAUGCCGGCGCUCCCUCCCGGAACUGCGUCCCCGGGACCUCCGCCGGAGCCCCCCGAGGCGCAGCGCAGCCCACGUCAUCAGACCUUCGUCAACGGCGAACGACGCAGGCGAAAACUCCCCGAAAUACCAAAAAACAGAAAAUCAACCAUAUUGACAUGUGGCCAACCGGCGUCGCUUGCCGACGAGCUCGGGGCCCUGGCAGGUCCCCUCAUCCGACCAGGAUGCCAGGGCCGACCACUUUUGGUGCUCAAAUGCGGAUAUUUGCUCGACGAGGACUCGAGCCCGGACUCAGAGCGACUGCAGAGCCUGGGUGACGUCGACAGCGGCCACAGCACAGCACACUCACCCAUAGACACUGGCCCCAAAAGUUUAUCUCCGACACCUCUACAACAGAAUGAAACAAACAUUUCGGUUUCACCAUCAUCCAGCUGUAGCAUCAGCGGUAUCAAUUUCGCGGGUAACAUGACCACGGUGCCCCAUAGUCAACUGGAAAUGCUAGAAGCUACACAUAGAGGCCUACAUAAGUUCAACCCGCGACAUCAUGACGAAAUAGAAGUGGAGAUAGGUGACCCCAUUUAUGUCCAGAAAGAAGCUGAGGAUUUAUGGUGUGAAGGAGUAAAUUUGAGGACUGGACAGCAAGGAAUAUUUCCAUCAGCCUACGCAGUAGAUAUGGACUACAAUGACUUUGAUCCAGCAAAUGCCAAAGUAAAAAGAGAGCGAUAUUUAUUAGGGUACAUGGGAUCAGUGGAGACGCUAGCUCAUAAAGGGACAGGGGUCGUCUGUCAAGCUGUUAAAAAAAUUGUGGGAGAGUGCAGCGGUGAACCGCGUGCGCAACAGUGCAUUCUAGAAGUUUCUGAUCAGGGCCUACGAAUGGUUGACCGAUCAAAACCAGAGAGAGGUCGAAACGCGCCUUGCAUCGACUACUUCUACUCUUUGAAGAAUGUGUCGUUCUGUGCGUUCCACCCGCGCGACCACCGGUACCUCGGCUUCAUCACCAAGCACCCCACGCUGCAGCGCUUCGCCUGCCACGUGUUCAGGGGCCAAGAGUCCACCAGGCCCGUCGCUGAGGCCGUAGGGCGAGCAUUCCAGAGGUUUUAUCAAAAGUUUAUAGAAACGGCAUAUCCAAUCGAGGAUAUUUACAUAGAGUGAAGUUAUACUUAUAGCAAUCAUCAUUGCAGUAAUUUUAAGCUUAUCCGUUGCAUUUGUCACGGUUAUCCAAGAUGGACUGGAGACAAGCUGUAAGUUACUAGAUUAGAUAAUCCGUGUUUAAAAACACGUAGUAUGGUGAAAAGGAUGAAUGCUGCUUAUAUUAUGGUGCUAACAUAUUUUCUCCUGUAUAUUCCCAAGUUAUAUUUAAAGCUGCCUGUGUGUGAUUAUAAGUGCUGUGAUGUGACCUGCUUCGAAUGUGUCCAUGAAAAAACUGAGCAAAGGUAGAUAUGCAAGAUUUAGUUCUAGUCAGAAUUUCCUGCUGGGUAUCGUGAUAUUAAUGCUAUUUUAAUGAAAUAGGGAGAAAAUUUGUGAGCACUAUAAGCGAGUUGAUUGUGACAAAGCAACGUAAUCUUUAAACUCGUUGUCGAACGCUGUGUCGCCUACCAAAAAUGUUUCAAGUAUUUUAAAUGUCAUUCAGUGUUAAAUGAAACAAAAUAUACUUAUACCUACAUAAGGUUGCAAAAUUAAAAAAGAUCUUCCAAUUGUAUUAUAAUAUAUCUUUACUCACUGUUUCAAGCGGCGUUCAAACCCUAAAAACUCUCAGAUGUAUUAUGUAAUUACUCGCGCAUCUCGUUCGCACCAAUACAAUACUAAAUAAGUACCUACAAGCUCUUGCUCUUAAUAUGCAUGGAUGAGUGAUAUCAAAAUACGAUGAAAUUGAUAUCACUUUAAGAAUUCGAAUCGGCCUCCAUUAUAUAUUAAAAUGAUGAUGGACUAACAAUAACAGCCAUGUAAAUAAUAAUCAUCUCAAUAAUAUGAUUCAUCAAUCAACUAUUGCAAGAAUAAUGUAACAAAAUAAAAACAAGGGGAUAGAGAAAUGCCUUUCCAAAGUCACAGAAGACGUCCUCUACAAUAGGCAACGUUAAAAGUAUUAGUGUAAUAGCUAUACAAUAGGAAAACAGACUUGGGUCAGUGAAUAUACGUAUAUUUAAAAAAAAGCUUUAUGCAAUUCUGCAGCUAUAACACGGUCGCAAUUUUAUCACUUGUCACUAUGCCAGUCACGUUCUAACAAGUUUGUCAGUGACAAGUGAUAAAAAUGCGACCGUGCUACAGCCGCUGCUUUUGUAGUAUUUUGAUAGGAUAGGUUAGGGCAGCACACACUGGUAUUCACUAAGUACAUGUACAUCGUGUUGUGCUAGCCAUAAGAAUUUCCAGUACACCAAAUUUAGCAAGAAUUGGGGAACUGAGAUUCUUAGAUAUGUGCAAAUAGAGGUACCAGCGAGUUCUCUCUAGCAAUGGAUACGGACUCGUACAAUUUAACUUUUAAAAUUAUAGCUAACUACCUGACGGUGAGUGACAGUUUAGUUCAGUUUUGAGUUAACCAGCCCUUAAUUAGCGAUAUCAGUAUUAUUUUCAGAUUUUUAAGUAACAAGUAUCAUACUUUCCUAAUUCCC